AUGGCCACAACCACCUCGAGCCUCUCCGAAUUGACACGGACGCCAACACCCCCAUCCAAUGAGUCCAACUACCGCACGGCGAGCGAAGGCACGGUCGGCAGCGCCAGCGUGACCGAGCCAAGUAGCCCAGCGGGCGAGCCCAAGGACGACUCGGCCCACCACGACAAGGCUGCCUACCGCGAUGCGCUUGGCCUGCCCCGCGUGCUCAGGCGGCGCUGCCAGAUCCACCUCGAGGAGCAAUGUUACACUGCCGCCCUGAACCUGUUGAACAGCCUCCUCUGCGAUGGCAUUCCACCCGCCCACGCGCCCGCCAGACCAGGCUGCGUUGCGCCCCCGAACCAAAUAGCGGUGCUGGCCACGCUCGCGAUCCACCCCAAGUACACAUCCAAACUGGCCGACUCGGCCUCGCACGAAGUGUCGUCCCUGGCCAUGUCGUACCUGCGCAACAUUCUGGCCACCGUCGGCCCCGUCAAUGCGAACCUGCGCGAUGCCUUCCUCUUCCGCGGCGAGAACGGCCGGCGGCGUCGUAGCUCCGAAAUUGUUGGUCUGAAUGGGAUUGAAAGCGACGAGGACCACGUCCGCGGCAAGACGGCAAAUAAAGGAAGUGUCUGGGCGCGAGGCCAGGACUUUUGGAAAGUGCUCGGUUGGGCCUUCAACUGCAGCGCACAGCACCCCCAUCGAUGGCGGUGGUGGCAGCCGUGGCUGGAAUUCAUGGUGGACGUGCUGGAGGAGGAUUACCGAGAAAGGAAACGUCUUGACAUCGCGCGCGAGGGAGCCCAGGAGUCAUAUGAGUACCAGCUGCUCCAGGAGUCACUCCUGGUGUCGUACGUCAUGCCAAAAAAUGGUCGCGUUAGUCCGUUGAAGCCGAUCAUCAGCGCCCUGUUUGCGGACGGCAGCACAUCGUCACAGGCUAUCUUUAAGGAAGUCUUCACGAGGGAGAACAAGGUUGCGUCUAAGAGCAGCAAGAAAAGAAAGCGUGAUCGGGUCGAUCUGGAAAACGAUAAGUUCGGCGACUACGACGACGACUCAUCCACUGGAGGCUCGGAACCGCCCACUCCAGAGCAUCUGCGAAUGCUGAAAUUAGAUGUCAAGAACGAGACGACCCUGUGGACGGGCUCUUCAUUACUUGAGACCAUCCCACUAAGACUGCGUCUCUUUAAGCUGUUAUCCAAAGCCGCAUGCGACGUACCCGAGAAGUGCAUGAUCAGCCUGCCGGAUCUCUACGAGAAAUCCGUGGAGAGGAUUGCGCAACUGCCCGUGGCCGCCUUCGCCAAAUUCAUCGCCCUGCCCGAUACGCCACUCAAACAGGCAAGCCUAAUCGCCAUCAUCCGCUGUCUGAUGCCCUACCUGCUCCCCAGCGCCGCGCCCAAGCCGUACGACGUAGACAGGGAGGUGGACGCGCGCGAGGGCAUGAGCGUGCGCAUCCUGGAACGGUGCUACCUGCCGUUCGCGUACCGCACGGCCGAGAACAACGCCAAGCUGUCGCUGGCGCUCGAGACGCUGCUGCGCGUCGACUUUUGCCCGUGGUCGCCGUCGCUGCAGUUGGCGGUCGAGAAGGGCGUUACUGCUCGGAAUGACAAGGCCGCGCCUAGGAAGGGCGGCCGCAUGAAGAGCGACGGCGAGCUUGCGGCCAGGGAGAUGCUGCGUGCGUCGGGGAAGCGGCUCCUGGCUUGGGCUGAGAUUCUUAAGAUGGAGCUUGACCAGUAA